AAACCCAAUACCAAACGACAAACCAACCUGUUGGUCUGCUUCCUGACAACAGAUUUUUGUAACCAGUUGCAGUUCUGGUAUUUGUAGUUUUUUUGGUGGCCCACUUCAAUGCACAAGAACAAAGGUUUAGUCAAGAAAAGACUACAAUCCCCAUAAACAGAAAAGUGAUUGGUUCAGCUUGUGGGCGCUGCAGUUAAAGGGCUAUUUUGAGAUACAUACUGUACUGACAGUCUUUCUAAGUCAACUUCAAAAACGUAUGUUAUUAAUGAAUCCUUCCUGGGAUUCACAGACUGAGAUUGAUGAGUCUUUGGAAGAAUAUAAGAAGGGUCUGAGAGACAGAGCCAGCAGAAGCAUGACACAGCUGAGGAGUGUGUUAGAAGAGCAGCCCUCUGCUGAAGCUGCUCUUUCUCCAAAGAAGAGGGCUGGAAUGGCUCACAGCAGCCCUCGGGUUACAGGGGGGUGGAGAGAGGGGGACUUGAAAAUGACCUGGAAAGAACUACAACACAGCCAUGCAGUCAAUCAGCUACGAUCAUUGAUACGUCAACAAGAACGGGAAUCUGCACCCGUUACGCCUACAAGUAGAAGAAAAAUCUCACCCAAGAGGCCUUCAGAAAAAAGAGAUGCUGAUUUGCCAGCUGUUCAAGAUCUCAUCCCUAUUAUUAACAGCCAGUCUGAAUACAUUCAGCAUCUGGAGGCGGAGGUCAUGUUUUGCAAGGAUGAGCUCUCUGGGAUGAAACACCGCAUCAGGGUAGUGAUUCUUGAAAAUGACAAAUUGCAAGAAGAAUUGAAGUCGAAAAGUGUUGAGGACACUUUGAAAGACUAUACUAUCCUGGAUACCUCGACAAAUGCCCUAGAAUCCUGUCUGACUGGAAGAACUGUCCCCAGAGCUCCGGAUAGCAGACAGCACUCUCACAGGCAGCAGCAGCAGCAGCCCCCAACCGCUCCUAGGCAGCCUCUAGCAUGCAACAAUCCGACAGAGGCUCUGAAAUGGCAAAUGGAACUGGAGAAGUUAAAACUACUCUAUCAAGCAAAAACAGAAACAUUAGAAGCGCAGGUGAUGUCAUUGAGAAAAGAUUUAGCAGUUUCACAGAAGGACUGUGAAGAAAUGAAAGGAAGACUAAGGCAUCAGGAGUCAGUGGCAGCCAUGUCCAGUGGGAACCGUGUCGGUGGCUUGUGUUUGAAGUGUGCCCAACAUGAAGCUGUUUUGGCACAGACCCAUGCAGAUGUACAUAUGCAAGCAAUAGAAAGAUUAACAAUAGAAAGAGAUGAACUGAUGGCUGUUUUAUCCUCCCAGAGGAGCAAUCAGGGUGAAAUGCAACAAAGAGAAUCCAGCGCCUAUCAACAGGUCAAACAGGCUGUGGAGAUGGCAGAAGAAGCCAAUCUGGAAAAAACACAGGCUUUGAUCCAGUGUGAGCAGUUGAAGAAAGAGAUACUGAGGCAAAAAGGUCGACUUCAAAUGGAAUUGGCUACUGAACAAGAGAAGAUUACCAAAGCCAAGGAGACGGCACGAGAGGAAAUGAUGAAGGAAAAAGAAGAAUUAGCGGCAUCUGUGAUGUCACUAUCCGUAAAGGUGGCCAGUCUUGAAGGACAACUCGAGAGGUUAACCAGAGAAAAUAAUUCAGUAGCCAGUCAGCUGGAGGAAGCUCAAAGGCAGCUCACUUCUCAGGACUUGGAUAUCAGCAAGGUGUGUGGAGAGCUGCGGUAUCAGUUAAACCAAUCUCAACUGAAGAGGGAUGAGGCAGAGAAAGAGCUCCGAGAAUUCAGAACUAAAACCACAAGGGAUCUUCAACUCCGAGAACAGGAAAUGGAGAAGCUGCACCUGGAGCUGAGCGAAACCAAGCAGCGUCUGGAACGUGCCCAGCAGGACUCUGCCCGCGCCAAGGAUGAGUUCCUGAGACUGACAGAGCUGCUGGGCAGAUCUGAGCACCAACUGCACCUCACCAGGCUGGAGAAAGAGGCUGCUGUCCGCUGCCGCAGUGACGACGUGAAGGCCUUGACCUUCCAGGCCCAACAUCGUGAGCAAGAGCUGAUACAGAAGAUGCAGCAAAUGGAGGCUCAGCAUGAGAAGAGUGUUAACGAACUGGAAGCCUUGUUGAAUUCCCAGAAUACUUUGAUAGGAAAACUGAAGGAUGAGUGCCGAAUCCUGGGUACAAAGCUGGAACAUGUGACGGAGAAGAACAGGUCAGAAAUUGGCCAGCUUUCGCAGGAGAACGUGUACCUCCGGGAUACUCUGGAGAAACUGCAGUCUCGCAGUGAUGAGAUGGAAGCGCAGUGUAUUCAGCAUGGGCGAAUGCACGAGAGAAUGAAACAAAGGCUAGGGCAGCUAGAUCAGCAUUGCCAGUCGAGCGCUCAGCAUGUGGUGGAAUUGCUGAACAAGCAGAACCAGCUGCUGAAGGAGAAGCACGCUCUGACUGAGGAGAUGCAGCACCUCAGGAUACAGUUGCCUAGUUUAUCAAGAAUUGGAAGCUGACCAUCAUGAAACAUGAGAGCUGUAUCAAGAGAUGUUUUGAUCAUUAUAGCACCAAAUAAUGGACAAAGAUACUUAUUUCUUUUAUGUUUAUCGAAUCGGCGACGUCCAGACUAGGGGCAUCCUGCACUCUACACGGAGCACCUUUACUGGAUGCGCCACUCGGGAGGCAAUAUACUUAUUUUUGAUGCAACAAUUUGCACGUGUCCUUUUUUUAAUACAAAUUAAUGAACUAUAUUUAAUGACUGUUUAUAUGAACAUCUCAGAGGUUGUAAUGUGUAUUGAAACAAACUUAUUUUCUCAAAACAGAAGUCUGAACUUGAGAAAAUGAUGUAUUUGUCAUUGUGACACACUCCCAUUUAUUAUUUUCCAUGCUAUUUCUACUUGCUGUGUUUUAUUGAUAUGGUUAACCUGCAUGCAUGUGAUAAUCUACACAGAUUCAAAUGCAUAGUUUCCUAUUUGCUUCAAAAAAGUACAACACAUUUUUCCUUUUGUAAUUUGGAUGAAGAAAAAUGAUAAUUACUUUUGCAGAUUUGCCAUACCGGAAUGCUUAUAAAAAAUGUGUACUAUGACUCGGUAUUCAACCAGUUUCCUGAAAUUGAGAUGGUCUGUAAGUUUUUUUUAUUAUUUCUGUUCAAGUUACAUUUAUAUUCUUCUAUGUAUACUCCAACACUUAUUUUGUUUUAAUUAUUAAAUUAUGCAAAUGCAUAUUUCUUUUGUAAACAUGUGCAAAAUGACAACCAAAAACAAAACCACUUAGAUAAUGGUAUAAAAUGCUUUUUUAAUUGUGUUUAAUAAAUUAAGAUAAAGUAGAACCAAGUUAAUUGGUAAACAUCUGUCACUUCUCAGCAUGAAGACAAUUUGAAUUGCAAUCUACUUGUUGAAUACUUUUUGAUUUUUUUAACUUGUAUGUUCAAUUCCAAGUACUACCAAAAUGAUCAACGUGGCUGAGGCGUUUGCACUUAUGUUGGUUAGGGACAGAGUGGGGUUGGUCUGAACGUCCCGACUGGUCAGGCGCCUUGCCUCCAAAGUUCAUCUUGGCAACGUACUGUUACGGUCGUCUUGUGAAAACAGGUGAAAAGCUAAGCAGUGGGAGUGGAGGUCACACAUUCAGCUUCAGUCCACUUGAGUAUACAUGAGCAGUGAGGUAACAUUCAAAGUGCCAAAUUGGGAAGAAUAUGGUGGGAAAAUAAAUAGUUGUUUUUGUGUGCUGAUUAAUUUAUUACAUUUAAAUAUAAAGAGAGAUGUAAACUUAGUGUAAUCCAAUUAAUAGAAUCAAACUGUCAUCAGAAAAAAAUGAAAAUAUCACCUUCAUAAUGGAAUGUAUUUAAGAUCAUUUAGGUAAGAUAAUGAUCCCAGAUUUCUAAUCAAAAGGUGGGUGAGUGCACUGUAUUUAUUAAGCCUUUUAAUUAUCAAAAGCUACCUAUGUAUUCAUGCCUAAGGUUUUGUAUUUAGCCAUGUACUAAUAAAUGUUUACAAAUAAAUAAAUUGAUCUUUUUAAAA